AUGGCCGCCGCGGUUGAGAAGGCUGGUAUCAACAGCAAAGAUGCCGCCGCACCAACUGAAUCUAAUCCCAGAGGCAUCCCGAAUGCUCCCUUUGUGGAGAGGGUGGAAGACUAUGUCUCGACGAGAGAUGAUGUGGAGGGGACGCUGAAGAGUUUUCAAGAGAUGAUCUCGAAGUACCAAUUCAUGGAAGCCAACAAUCAGCGACGAGUGGCGGGCCUGAAAGACAAGAUUCCCGAUAUCCAGAAGACGCUGGACACAGUACGGUUCCUGAAGUCAAGAAAGGCCGACGCAGAACCCCUCGAAGCAUCAUUCGAGCUGAAUGACACCCUUUACGCAAAAGCCAACAUCCACGAAACAGAAGAGGUAUACCUCUGGCUCGGCGCCAACGUCAUGCUCUCCUACCCCCUCCUAGAGGCGGAGUCCCUCCUCGACUCCAAAUUAGAAGUCGCCAAGUCCAGUCUCGCCAACUGCGAGGAAGAUCUCGACUUCCUACGCGAGCAAAUCACGACGAUGGAGGUCGCCACUGCCAGAGUCUACAAUUGGGACGUUGGUCAGCGACGGAAGGAGAAGGCAGAUGGCAAGGGUGAUGAUGGCGAUGAGAACAAGGAGACGCCGAAUGGCUGA